GGCUGCCUGAGAGCGAGCGCCAGGGGCCAAUCAGAUCGCUCCAUAUUGGGAGGCGGCAGAGGAGGCCGGAGAGGAGAGACAUCAUGUCAUCUGGUGAUGGUACUAAUGGACCAAGUCAGCCUGGACUUUUCCCUAACGGGCCACGGAUGAUGAGAGCACCCUUUAUGAAUCCCGUGCCCCACUUUCCAGGUAUGCCACUGGGGGCUCUUGGUCCACGAGCAGGAGUGGGACCUCAUGGACUUAUUCCACCCUUAAUGGGACCUCUUGGUGGACAUCAGAUGGGACAGAUGCCUUCACUAAUCCCUCCUCUUAUGUCGGGAAUGAUGAUGGCCACUCAUGUUGCUCCUGGAACUUUGCCAACAGGCUUACCGCCUGGUGUAAAUAGCAUGGAUCCUCCCCAACUUUCACAAACAGCAGUUACGCAGCCCCCACACCCUAUAAUUCCAGAUCCAGCCAUUACAACAAGUAGUUCCACUAACGAUGAGCAAAAUAAAGCGAAGUCUUUGUGGACUGAACAUAAAUCCCCUGAUGGAAGAAUAUAUUAUUAUAAUAUUGAAACAAAACAGUCUACGUGGGAGAAACCAGAUGACUUGAAAUCCCCUGUCGAGCAAUUAUUGUCCAAAUGUCCCUGGAAGGAAUUCAAAUCAGACUCUGGGAAACCAUACUUUUACAAUUCCCAGACCAAGGAAUCUCGAUGGGCCAAGCCCAAAGAGUUAGAAGACCUUGAAGUAAUGAUCAAAGCAGAGGAAAGCAGCACUGCACAGGAAGACGCAACACACCCAGUGCCCAUUCAGUCUGCUUUGGUGAGUGCUCCUGUGGAAAUAAACAGCACCCCUGUGCCACUUGCUGCUGAACCAGAGAUUGCUGUUUCGGCUCCCACAACACCUGCCAUAGACACUGAAACCAUGGUUGCCGAUUCUGGAGAAGAUCAAGUCAUGUCUGUCACUCCCUCUAUUCUGGAGAAAGAUGCGGAAGUGAGCAGCAGUGGCAUGGUAGAUGACACUUCUAAACAAGAGGCAGCUUUGGAAGCACCCUAUGUAGAGGAGAAGGAAGAGGACAAAACUGUGAAAAAAGUGUACACAUGGAACACUAAGGAAGAAGCCAAGCAGGCUUUCAAAGAGCUUCUUAAGGAAAAGCGUGUUCCGUCCAAUGCAUCUUGGGAACAAGCCAUGAAAAUGAUCAUAAAUGAUCCCAGAUACAGUGCACUGGCAAAAUUAAGUGAAAAGAAACAAGCAUUCAAUGUAUAUAAAGUCCAGAAAGAGAAGGAAGAAAAAGAGGAGGCUAGGACAAAAUACAAGAUCGCAAAAGAAUCUUACCAGAGGUUUCUAGAAAAUCAUGACAAGAUGACUUCUACAACAAAAUACAAAAAAGCAGAACAGAUGUUCAAUGAUGUGGAGGUAUGGAACGCUAUUUCUGAACGUGACAGACUAGAGAUCUAUGAAGAUGUGUUGUUCUACCUUGCAAAAAAAGAGAAGGAACAAGCAAAGCAGCUUAGGAAACGCAAUUGGGAAGCCUUGAAAAAUAUUCUGGACAGCAUGGCAAAUGUAACAUUCUCUACCACCUGGUCAGAAGCUCAGCAAUACCUUAUGGACAACCCAACAUUCGCAGAGGAUGAGGAACUUCAAAAUAUGGAUAAGGAAGAUGCCCUGAUCUGUUUUGAAGAACAUAUCCGUGCCCUGGAAAAAGAAGAGGAAGAGGAAAAACAGAAAAGUUUGCUUAGAGAUAGGCGGCGACAGCGCAAAAACAGGGAGUCCUUUCAGCUAUUUCUGGAUGAAUUGCAUGAGCAUGGACAGUUGCAUUCCAUGUCUUCCUGGGUUGAAUUGUACCCUACUAUUAGCUCUGACAUCAGGUUUGCAAACAUGCUUGGUCAGCCAGAGAGAAGAUUUAGCUAUAUGGAAAUGUACAGUCACACUCAUUACUUUCCCAUAGCAGAGCAUUUAUUUUCAGGGUCAACUGCACUCGACCUUUUCAAGUUUUACGUUGAGGGUCUGAAGGCACGGUAUCAUGAUGAUAAGAAAAUAAUAAAAGAUAUUUUAAGGGAUAAAUGCUUUAUAGUGGAACUCAGUACCUCAUUUGAAGACUUUGUUAAUGUGAUCAGCUCGACCAAAAGAGCUACCACCUUAGACGCUGGAAAUAUCAAACUGGCUUUCAACGGUUUAUUAGAAAAAGCUGAAGCGCGGGAAAGAGAGCGGGAAAAGGAGGAAGCCCGGAAAAUGAAGAGAAAAGAAUCUGCCUUUAAGAAUAUGUUAAAGCAGUCUGCACCUCCAGUUGAGCAGGAUUCUACAUGGGAAGAGGUUCGAGAAAGGUUUGCUCGGGAGCCAGCCUUUGAAGACAUCACAUUAGAGUCUGAGCGCAAGAGGAUAUUUAAAGACUAUGUGUACAUGCUCGAGAAUGAAUGUCAGCAUCAUCAUUCGAGAAAUAAAAGGCACUCAAAGAAAUCUAAAAAACAUCAUCGGAAGAAAUCCCGUUCUCGAUCGGGAUCUGAAUCGGAGGAAGAAGAAGAAAAUCACCCGAAAAAGAAGAGGCAAAGAUCUGACUCUCGAUCACCCUCUGAACAUUCUACAAGUGGAGAAUCAGAAAAAAGCUACAAAAAGACGAAAAAACACAAGAAGAAAAGUAAGAAGAGGAGACACAAGUCUAAUUCCCCAGAGACUGAUGGGGAUAGAGAGCGAGAGAGAGAGAAAAAGGAAAGAGAGCGCGAAAAGGACAAAGAGAAUGAAAAAGAGAGGGCGCGUCAGCGAUCGGCUUCAAAACAGAAAUCACCCAAAAGGAAAGCUAGAAAGGAUUCUGGACAGUGGGACACAUCUGGAAGCGAGUUAAGUGAAGGGGAACUGGAGAAACGAAGAAGGACCCUCCUGAAGCAAUUAGAUGAUGAUCAAUAAGAACUUCUUAAAACCAAAUAUGUUUACAAUAACAUGUAAUAAACCGCUACUUUUAGUUUGUAAUUGGAAUGAUCUAUUCUCUAUGAAUGAAACACUUGGUUUAAACAGCUGCUCUUUGUACAAGAACAAGUUUAUCCGUUGAAGACAACUUGGGGCUCUUGACCAAGGUGUUUCAAUUUCAGAUGUAAAUUUUAGUUUUCAAAGAGUUGCCUUAAAACAAAACUUUUUUUUUUUUUUUUUUCUUUUUUUUUUUUUU